AUGACGAGGUCGGAGCAUACGACGGAGGAGGGCCCAUCUCCUGGGGAAGAGCAGGAGGGAAGCAGAGCCCGGCGCCGCCGCCGCCACCGGGCGGCGUGGGCCGGCGGCGCCACCGCCGCGGCAUUCCUGACGGCCGCCGUCGUCCUGCUCGUGGUGGCUCUCACCGUCUUCAAGCCCCGCCAACUCGAGACGACGCUGCGAUCGGCGGCGGUGGAGGGCGUGGCGCCGCGUGUCGCGCUCCCGUGGGGCCCCGUGGAGCUGAACGUGACGCUCUCCCUCGACUUCGCCGUCUUCAACCCCAACCGCGCCUCCUUCGACCACGCCGCCGGCAAAGCGGCGCUCUUCUACCGGGGGAAACGGGUGGGGGACGCCGACGUGGCGCCAGGUCGGAUCCCUUCGCGGGGCUCGGCCCACGUGUACAGCCGGCUCACCGUCGAGGCGGACCGGUUCGCCGCCGACCCGCUCGCCUUGGUUCGCGACGUGCUGACGGGGCACCUCGACGUCGACUCCUCCACCCGCAUCCCCGGCCGCGUCACCUUCCUCGGCUUCAUCCAUCACCACGUCGUCAUCCUCACCGACUGCCACGUCACAAUCUCCUUCCCCCCCGUGGCCGUCACCGGGCAGCAAUGCCAGCAGAAAACGGAGUAG